CUUGGAAGCAACAAUUAAGCAGCUCUGGGAUAAAACACACAGCCCGCGGGAGCACUGGGGCAUUGCUUCAAGAGAUGGCAAGGCAGGCAGCUGCACCCCUCCUCCCCGGAGUCCUCCUCCUGCUCUCCAUCCUCCCGGCUACUCAGCAAGGAGGGGUUCCUGGUGCUAUCCCGGGAGGGGGAGUCCCAGGAGGAGGCUUUUUCCCAGGUGCUGGAGUUGGAGGUUUGGGAGCAGGACUCGGGGCUGCAGGAAAACCUCCCAAACCAGGGCUCGGAGGACUUGGGGGACUCGGCCCCCUUGGCCUGCAGCCAGGUGCUGCGGGUCUGUUCCCCGGAGCUGGCUUCCCCGGGGGUGCGUUCCCCGGAGCCGCCUCGGCCGCGGCGCUCAAGGCUGCUGCAAAAGCUGGUGCUGGCAUUGGAGGCGUGGGUGGAAUUGGUGGUCCCGGUGGCCUCGGGGUCUCCACAGGUGCCGUGGUGCCGGGCGCGGUGCAGCCCGGCCUGGGUGCCGCAGGGAAACCCCCUAAAAUACCAGGUGCUGGGAUUCCUGGAGCUUUUCCGGGCGGCGUGCUCCCUGGCGCAGGUGUUCGCUUCCCUGGCGUAGGGGUGCUGCCUGGAGUCCCCACUGGAGCUGGAGUCAAGCCUAAAGCCCCAGGAGCUGGAGCCUUUGGAGGAAUCCCUGGACUGGGAGGUUUUGGAGGUCAGCAGCCUGGUGUCCCUCUGGGGUAUCCCAUCAAAGCUCCUAAGCUGCCAGGUGGCUAUGGACUGCCCUACACCAAUGGCCUCAGGCCCGGCGGGAUAGGAGCCGGGCUCCUGGCAGGAAAGGCAGGAUACCCCACCGGGACAGGCGUCGGAGCACAGGCGGCAGCAGCGAAGGCAGCAGCAAAACUCGGAGCCGGUCUCCUGCCAGGGGUCGGUGGCAUCCCGGGAGUCGCGCCCGGUGUUGGCGUCGGCGGAGUCCCAGGAGUUGGAGUUGGAGGACCGGCAGCGGCGGCAGCGGCGGCAAAGGCAGCGGCAAAGGCAGGAGCUUUCGGUCCAGGGGCCGUGCCCGGAGUCGGAGGUGUCCCUGGCUUGGUACCUGGUGUUGGAGGUGUCCCCGGGGCGGUGCCUGGUGUUGGAGGUGUCCCCGGGGUGGCAGGGGUGCCAUCGGCAGCAGCAGCAGCAAAGGCAGCUAAGUAUGGCGCCGGCGUUCCCGGUGUCGGUGUGGGCGGUGUCCCCGGCCUGGUGCCCGGAGUCGGAGGUGUCCCUGGCUUGGUACCUGGUGUUGGAGGUGUCCCCGGGGCGGUGCCUGGUGUUGGAGGUGUCCCUGGGGUGGCAGGCGCCGGCGUUCCCGGUGUCGGUGUGGGCGGUGUCCCUGGCCUGGUACCUGGUGUUGGAGGUGUCCCUGGCUUGGUACCUGGCGUUGGAGGUGUCCCUGGCUUGGUACCUGGCGUUGGAGGUGUCCCCGGGGCGGUGCCUGGUGUUGGAGGUGUCCCCGGGGUGGCAGGGGUGCCAUCGGCAGCAGCAGCAGCAAAGGCAGCUAAGUAUGGCGCCGGCGUUCCCGGUGUCGGUGUGGGCGGUGUCCCCGGCCUGGUGCCCGGAGUCGGAGGUGUCCCUGGCUUGGUACCUGGUGUUGGAGGUGUCCCCGGGGCGGUGCCUGGUGUUGGAGGUGUCCCCGGGGUGGCAGGGGUGCCAUCGGCAGCAGCAGCAGCAAAGGCAGCUAAGUAUGGCGCCGGCGUUCCCGGUGUCGGUGUGGGCGGUGUCCCUGGCCUGGUGCCCGGAGUCGGAGGUGUCCCUGGCUUGGUACCUGGUGUUGGAGGUGUCCCUGGCUUGGUACCUGGUGAGCUGGUGUUCCUGGCAUCGCUGGUGUUCCUGGCAUCGCUGGUGUUCCUGGCAUUGCCGGCGUUCCUGGUGUUCCUGGUGUUCCUGGUGUUCCUGGUGUUCCUGGUGUGCCUGGGGUUCCUGGCGCUGUGCCCGGUGUUGGAGUGGGUGGCCCGGCAGCGGCGGCUGCAGCCAAGGCUGCGGCAAAAGCAGCGGCGAUCGUCUGUCCCCUGGGACACAUCCCUGAACCUCUCUGCAGGAGCAGGACGCGUGCCCGGCGUUGGCGUGCCCGGCGUUGGCGUGCCCGGCGUUGGUGUUCCUGGAGUGGGUGUGCCUGGAGUGGGUGUGCCUGGAGUGGGUGUGCCUGGUGCUGGCGUGCCCGGUUUGGUGCCCGGGAUCGGUGUUCCAGGAGGUCCGGCAGCCGCUGCCAAAGCAGCCGCCAAAGCAGCCAAGUACGGAGCAGGUGGCCUGGCUCCCGGCGUGGGUGGCCUGGCUCCCGGCGUGGGUGGCCUGGUUCCUGGAGUAGGUGGCCUGGUUCCCGGUGUUGGAGGUGUCCCAGGUGUUGGAGGUCCAGCAGCAGCAGCCAAAGCAGCAGCCAAGGCAGCCAAAUUUGGUGCUGGGGUUGGAGGGGUGCCCGGUGUGGGCGGAGUGCCCGGAGUGACCCCCGGCGUUGGUGGCGUGCCCGGCUUGGUGCCAGGGGUGGGAGUACCUGGAACUGGCAUCCUUCCCGGGGCAGGCAUCCCCCAAGUAGGGGUGCAGCCUGGUGCUAAACCUCCCAAAUUCGGUGUUCCUGGGGUUGGAGUCCCAGGAGUUGGUGGCCUCCCAGGUGGCCUAGGAGUCGGUGGGCUCGGAGCUGGUGGCCUCGGAGCCGCUGGGAAACCUCCCAAGCCAGGGGUUGGAGUUCCCGGCUUCGGCGUAUCACCGAUAUUUCCAGGUGGGGUCGGCGGCCUGGGAUUUGGCGGGAAGCCCCCCAAGCCCUACGGAGGAGCCCUGGGUGCCCUGGGCUUUAGAGGCGGAGCGGGCUGCGCGGCAGGGAAGUACUGCGGGAGGAAGCGGAAGUAACGCUCCGUCACCGAUCACCUCAUGAACUUUGGUGCUACUGCAUGGUCCAGAAUGUAAAUCCGAAGCAAAGCUGAGACACCCCCUCCUCAGGCCCCGGAACCCCCCCCGUCCAUGCCGGGGCCGUGCCCGGCCCCGCGUUCCACGGAGGGACCCCGCGUUCCCCGGCAGCGUCCGGGGCCCCCCGGCCCUCGGUCCCGGCAGGGAGCGCGGAAUAAAGUGCGGGGAGCAGCCGUCCCCCUUGGUGCUAUCGCUCUCUGCGGGAUUUGGGGGGCCCCUCCGAAGCCCCAGCGCUGACCCCCGGGGGGCACACAGG